AUGGCACAAAAGAUAAAGAGAAAAGAAAAAACAAACAAGUCUAGAGAGUUGGUCUUUCAGGAAAAAGAAAAUUUUUUUGGCGAAAAGGACAUAAAUGACAAUGUCAUAUCACAAAAAGAGGAUGAAUUAUUAAAAUCUGAACAAUGUAGGAAAAAUAAAACAAAAAAUGACGACCUCACUGGGAAGAAAAAAAAUUUUACAAACCUAGAGGAGCAAUUUAAUUAUUUGAAUGACAUCAUAACGAAUGAAUCAUCCCUUGCUGAGUAUUAUAAAGAAAAUGUAGUACUCAACGGAGGUUCAAGCAGAAAUGGGAAAACAUCAAAUGGAGGAUCAUCAGUUAGGGAUGUAGCUCCAGAUGUUGUGAAAGACAAAAUGGGAAUAAUCAUCACCACUACUCGCCAUCGCACCUUGUCCACAUCAGGAAAUAAAAAAAGAACAAAAAUGGAUGGUGAUAGUUGGGAGGAAAGUUUAAAAGAAAAAAGCAAAAAUAGGAGAAAAAAUAAGAACAAUAAAUCAUCUCUAAUUGAAAAAUUUAAGCAGCAAGAGUUGAAAUCUAAACAGCGUUCCUGGACACCUGUGGGGUUGACUAUAGCAUACACAAGUGUCUCACUUAUUUUUAUAAUCAUAGGAAUCUUGUUUAUUAUUCUCUCUGCUACAAGAAAAGAAUGCAAAAUACCUUAUGGGGAUAGCCCACAAGAUCAGCUCAUACAUUUAAAAGUGGAUGAAUCCUUCUGCCAUGGCCCUGUAAGACCUUUUAAGAAAAACUCUUAUAUUUACUACGAACUCCAUAACUUUUAUCAAAAUCAUAAGAAAUACCUCAUAUCGAAAUCUCACAAUCAAUUAAUGGGAACAAUUUACACCAAAGCCAGCGAUCUGGGACACUGUUUCCCCAUCUCGAAGAACAAGGAAGGAAAGGUGCUACAUCCGUGUGGACUAGUAGCACGAAGCAUAUUUAAUGACACAUUUGAAUUAUAUAAAGACAAAGAGCUAGUUGAUAAAAUCGAAAUAGACGAAUCAAAGGAAGCAAUAACAUGGUAUAGUGAUUAUAAUAAAUUUAAAAAUCCACCAAAUGAAGAAAUGGAAUUGUAUAAGGAAUAUGUCGAUUUUUGGCUUAUGAAAGAAAAUUAUAUCAAUCUUUUAAACAUGAAUGAAAAAAAUGGAUAUGGAAUUGAAAAUUCUCAUUUUAUUGUAUGGAUGAAAACAGCUGCAUUGUCAGAAUUUAGAAAAAAAUAUGCCAGGUUAAAUGAGGAAUUAAAAUUACCAGUUUAUAUUAAAAUAAAAAAUAAUUUCCCUGUUAAAAAGUUUCAUGGGAAAAAGCAUUUUGUAAUAGCAGAAGGAUCUGUUUUCAUAAAUGAAAAAUCACGUUCCUUUGGUGUGUUGUAUGUAAUAAUAGGCGUUGUAUCUCUUUGUAUUGCUCUAUGUCUUGUUUAUAAUCAGUUGAAACAACCCAGAAUAAUGGGUCAUAUCUAG